AUGAAAAUAAGAAGACUGAGAUACAGUGGAAAUGAAUAUAAAUUUUGUAUUUUAAAUCAGAAAGAUAGAGAUCAUUUAAUAUCAAAAUUGUAAGAAAAUAUUUAGUGAAGAUCUGAAACGUCGUGUGCCAGAAUUUUUGGCUUUUGGUUCGUGAAAAAUAUAUAGAAAAUUCCUGGGGAUAGCGCGGAAUACGCUAUCCCCAGGACCAACCGGGAUUGGAUCCCACAUGGAACGAGGGUUCCAUGUGUGGAUCCAUUUUUGACACGUGAAAGUAAAUAUCUCACAUGUCAAAAAUGGAUCCACACAUGGAACCCCCGUUCCAUGUGUGGAUCCGAUCCCGGUUGGUCCUGGGGAUAGCGUAUUCCGCGCUAUCCCCAGGAAUUUAGUAUAUAUACAUUAAAAUGGCGUGAGAACCUAAGCCCUCGCCCGGGAAAAGGAGCAACCUUUGUGAGGUCGUGCAUGAACUGGCAAGCAGAAAAGGGAGCUUCAAGGCUGAUGUAAUUCUUAGGAAUUACAGCGGGUUUCUCAAUAAAUUUAAUAAACGUAAAAUGGUUCGUUGAAGAUAAAAUUUCCAGAGUUAGUAACCAUAUCUUUUAAGUAUGACUCAUAUUUCCCGCAGUCUAUAGCAGACAUAUUAAAAAAUGUCUUUAAGAGUGAACCAAAAGAGAGCUCAAACAAUUUAAGAGAAAAAGCAAUCUAUAUCAUAAAGAUCUUAUGUAAAUCGCAACCUUUGAAAGAUAUUUUCACUAUAAAUCAUAAUGAGUGGGAUGACAUUCUUGUGCCACCAGAGCUAAGUAAUUUUACCCAAGAAUAUCAACUAGAUACUAGGAUUUUUGAAGAAAUUAACUGGGAUUUUAUAGAAAAAACAGACGAGCACAAUUUCUCACAAAGAGAAUUUGAUUUUAAAUUGCUCUCAACAAACUUAAUUGAUGAUUCAAGCUUAUUUGAUAUAAAAGGAAUUGAUAUCGAGCAGGUCGAAAUGCCAAUAAUUGAGAAUUGCCAAAAGUAUGACAUACUCAAUAAGAAAUUUAAUAAAGUUGAAUGGGAUUCUAGCUGCUUUGAGGUUGAAAAUAGUGAAAAGCGCUUGCAAAAUGUUUGAGAUAUAGGUAUGCUCUUAGCUCCGAAGCCUUUUAUAAUUGAGAUCGAUGAUAUUAGAUUGAAGAAAAAAACACAUAAAAUGCCAAUUUUUGAAGCAAAGGCCCAUGAACUUCCAAAAUUUAUAAAUAAUUUUGACAGUAAGCCUGUAGAGAAAAUAAAAACAACUGCAGAAGAGAAUAAAUUUGUUAAUAAAACUAGAGAGCUUCCUAAGAAAUCAGAAAUUCCUAAAGAUUAUACUUUGGAGACAGUUAAAGUUGAUUAUGAGGCCAUAAAUCAUUUACUUACCCAAGAAAAGCAAAAUAACAUCGAGAAAUUAAGCCACUCUAACUAUUUAAAUACCCCUAUUAAAAUUCCUUCACAUCUACCAGAGCCUUCUCCCGAUCAAAACAAGCCUUUUACUAUUCAUUCCCAAUUUCAUGCAUUUACUUCUGACCCUGUCAUCCCUGAGACACUUCUAUUUGGUGAAAAAGAAACUCCCCAAGAUCCUCAAAUCCCAUCAUUUUACGAAUCUCAGCCUCAAAGCAAACAAGUCCGCUUUUCUAGCCAGUUUCUAAACUUCGAAUAUUCCCAAUCAAACCCCAUGACCCAAAUUCAUCUUUUGCCUUUCAAGAUAUUUACAAAUUCAUCAUCUGAUUUAUCAUUAUCCUUAAUCCUCAAAAUGAAAGCACCAGAAAAUUUUUACUUCGUGUCAUUAGAAACAGAUAGUAAAUUUAUGCAUUGUAUGGAUCUCAUAGUUACUUGGCAAACAGGAAUAAAAAUUUGUGGUAUUGAUAUAUUAUAUUCAGAUGCUCUAACUUCAGAACUAUGCAGAAAUUUAAGUGAAAUUAUCAAUAGAUUCGAUACGAUUUUAUUAUUUUUUUAUGGUGAGCGAAAGCAAGAAAUGCUUGGGCUGUGCAGGAUGAUUGCUUUUUGUAGCUUGUGUGAGAAACUUGGGUGCACGCUUCAUAUUGAAAUUGCUGAAUCGUUUGGAGAGACAGAAGAAAUUAUUGAGAUGUUUAUAGAGCAAUAUAUAAAAUUAAUUAAUUCCAAAGACCAUUGACUGCAAACUCAGGAAUAUUUGAUUGAUGAUAUGAAUGAUAUAUCGUCAUUGAUAAUAGAAUGUGAAGAGUUUAAUAUCUAUAGUGCUCAGCUUUUAUCUGGGCUUUACCAAGCCAAAAAUCUCUCUUUUUCUUUAUUGCUGAGGUUCCCUCCUCAACUUUUGCAGCUUUUCAAGUCUCUAGGAGUUCCAUCAUCAAAAUGCCAAAAAUUAAAAGAACUUAUAAAUGCUAAAUUUAACCAGUAA